AUGACAGAGGAAGAGUCGGCAUCGAGAGGAAAUAUUGAGAAGAUCUGCGACUUUGGCUUCGUUCGAGUCACAGAUCCGCAUACAGAUCACGCUGGUUUUCUAAUCGAGUACGACAAGGCAGUAAAUGCGAAAAGGACAACGCAAGAUUAUCAAAAAACCGUGUUUGAAGAAAAGAUUACUCAUCUGAAGCAGAACCAUGAUGCACUUAUCGCAAAGAACGAUGCGCUGGCCGCUGAACUCGAGCGGAUGAAGAAUGAACUGCGUGAUUCAAAUCAUCGCAAUGCGUUGCUGGUGCAAAAGUUGGGUGACGCUGAGCGAAGAUGCGAGGAUGGAAAUCAGUCAAAAAGAAUGCUCACUCAGCAGAUUGCCGCUUUCCAACGGGCUGAAGGAGAAUUGAGUAAGCUAGAGCGGGAGAUGAGGGACGAACUGGUUAUGCUUCGUAGGGAAAGAUUGGUGCUGACAAAUGAAGUGGAAAAGCUGAAACGGAAGCUUGUUAGAGUAGAGGUCGAAAAGAAAGAGUUGGACGGUUUUCGUGCACGAUUAAAUCGAGAAGUGGCGUCUCUGAAGAAACAUGUUGAGGCUCUGGAGGAAGAAAAAACACGCACCGAAAUAGCUGUUCGUAACACACUGAGCGAAAGAAAAGCCAUCGACAAAUCGCUCGCAGCCAUGAAAAAGGAAAAUACAGAACUGUACAGAAAUUGCGCCCAACUGCAAUCUCAGAUUGCCCAGCUAGAAAGAGAUACCGGUAAUCGGAAUAUGACUAAAUUAAUGAAGGAACAAACUGAAUUGGAAUCUAGAAUCUCAAAGCUUUCUGUAGAAAAAAGACAGCUUGAAAUGGUCAUUGAACAAAAGGAGCAGACCUUUACGCACAAACGGAAGAUGUUGGAAUCGCAGCUGGCGCUUCUGCGGGAGCAGCUGGACGUCGAGAGAAAACGUCGACUUAAACUGCAGCAUCGUGGACGAUCCGAACCAGCGGAGCGACAGUAUAGUCGAGCGGCGGAUUUCCGCAUGAGCAGAAAAACGCUACAGCGGCAGAAAAGCCCGUUUCGGGUAUGAACGCUUUGCUGAUUUAGCGCGAGCCGAGACUCGAUGGAAUCCCGGUUUCUGCUCAAAUCC